GGGGAGGGGAGCAGAGUGUGUACGCGGUGCGUGCGCAAACAUGGCUGCUGUGUAACGAAGCUGGAGCAGCUGAAUGAACUUAGGAGACAAACAAUCUAAAAUAUUGAUCCUACCAAAUUAGUGUAGUAUCUGGUAUUGCUUCUAUAGCAGCAAUGGGUUCAGUUCUGUAUCUGAGAGAGUUCAUCAAGGAGAGACUCACUGCUGUUUGUGAGGAAAUCUUCUCAGAGGUACAAAAAACCAUCGUCCAGUAUGAGGAGGAGAUCAGCCGUCAGCGCGGACUGCUGGAUAUCAGCCGGAAACGCGACACAAACUCACACAUCGUGGACGUGCUACAACAGCAUGACUGUGAGGAAGAGGAGGGUCUCACAGAUGAGCAGGUCUGUAACCAAGAGAAGAAUUCCAGUCUGGACGAGGAGGACCCAGAGCCUCCACAGAUUAAAGAGGAGCAGGAAGACCCAGAGCCUCCACAGAUUAAAGAGGAACAGGAAGACCCAGAGCCUCCGCAGAUUAAAGAGGAACAGGAGGAACUCUGCAGCAGUCAAGAGCAUGAGCAGCUUGGACUGAAGCAGGAUGCUGACACUUUUAUGGUGACUCUUACUUAUGAGAAAAGUGACCACAGUGAACCAGAACCAAAGCAGCCUCUUUUUCAUAGCUCUCCUGAAGGAAAGGUAAAGAAGAGGAGACGUCGCAGAAAGAGAAGUCACAGUCAGAGAGUAAACAAAGCUCCUGUGUCAGAGAGACAAACUGACACAAGGAAAAAGUUUUUACAAUGUGACACCUGUGGAAAACCUUUCGUAUAUAAAUGCCACCUGACUGCACAUCUGCGAGUCCAUACAGGGGAGAAACCAUAUUCUUGUGUCACCUGUGGGAAAAGAUUUCGUCACAAAUCUGACCUGGAGCGUCAUAUAAGAAUUCACACCGGUGAGAAACCAUAUGGAUGUAACACCUGUGGGAAAAGAUUCAUUCAGAGGACAAACUUGAAAACUCACAUGAGAAUUCACACCGGUGAGAAGCCAUACCUUUGUAAUACUUGUGGGAAAAGAUUUGGUCAGAGUGGGAACUUAAAAUUACACAUGAGAAUUCAUUCUGUUUAAAAGUUUCAUUGUGUUUAUGUGAUGUUAAAGUUUAAAUGAAGAUUUCAUUCAAUCCUUUGAGUAUUGUUUUUUCUGUAAUCUCUGAUUUAUAAAUGUAGCAUAACAGAGUGUGCAGAAGGAUGUAAUUUUCACAUUAGCACAAUGACUGCAGAAUAUAGAGAUACACAUAUUACACUCACAAAUGUGAAGGGCAGAAAGUUUGAUCAUCUCAACUAAAUAAAACCUAUAAUUAAAGCCGCAAGCGGCGUUUUACGGCCCUCGCUGCCUGCGCGACCGCCAAACCCAGCGCGAGCCGCAAGUGAGCCCCCGCGAACCCCCAGCGAGCCACCUACGAGCU